AACUUAGAAAUAAAACCAGGUGGCCUGGUGGCUGUUGUUGGACCAGUUGGUGCUGGUAAAUCCUCACUGUUGGUGGCACUGCUUGGUGAAAUUAAUAUUUUAUCUGGAAUGGCCAAUCUUAAUGUGAGUAAAUAUAAUUGUUGAAAAUUUCAUCUUAAUUUAUCAUUUAAGAGUUAAAUUAAAUUUCAUUGUCUUAAUAGGAAAAUAUUUAGAAAAAAUAAAGAAAGCCAAAUUGACUUUCUUCAUUAUCCACCCUUCAUUAGAGUUUAGAUCUUAAAUUUUCUUCAAGUCUGCAUCUCAGUUUUAAGUGACAUUUAAAUAUAAUAAUAUAAAUGAAGGUAUAACUUUUAAUUUUUAAUGAUCUUGUGUUGCUUUUCAAAGCAAUGCUCCUCUUAAAAAAAAAAAAAUUAGCUAAAUUUCAAUAACUAAAUAUAAAAAAUAUUAUAAUGGCAUGAGAACUUCAGUCAUCUGUAGCAUAUGUUCCACAACAAGCCUGGAUCCAGAACACAACUGUACGUAACAACAUACUAUUUGGGCAAUUAUUUGAUGAAACAUUGUACCAACAAGUUUUAGAGGCCUGUGCCUUGAAACCAGAUCUGGAAAUGUUGCCUGCUGGAGAUAUGACAGAAAUAGGUGAAAAGGUGAAAUGAAGUUCUCUUUUUCACGAUAACAUAACUUAUUUGCACCUAAAUAUUGUCAUUACAAAAUAAUUUUUAAAAAAGGAGUUAGAAAGGAAAUAUUUAUAAUUAUAUAUUGACUAACAAUUUUUUAUUUAUUCAACUUUAACAUUUUAAUCAAAAUUUUUUUUAUAAAUACCUUAAUAAAAAUUUAGGGAGUGAAUUUGUCAGGAGGACAGAAGCAGCGUGUUUCUUUGGCCAGAGCAGUUUAUAGUCAAGCUGACAUCUUCCUUUUUGAUGACCCACUCAGUGCUGUUGACAGCCAUGUUGGGAAACAUAUCUUCACUCAUGUCAUGGGCCAUGAUGGUCUUCUUGUAGGAAAGGUAUGGGGCUUCUAAUAUCAUUUGUAAUCUCAUGUAAUUUUUGUUGAAUUUUGGCUUUAUUUAAUUUAGCAUGAUUUUAUUAUUAUAAGUGGAACUUAUUUUGUGAGUGUAUCUUCUAGCCAAAAUUAUUUUGGUAUUUGCAUGAAACUAAAUAUUUAGUUGACUAACCGUUGUUGCAUUGUUUAACACCUCUCAAUGUGUCUUUCUAUUUCUUGAUCAUACACAGCCAACUCCAUAUUCUGACAAAGCUCUUUACCACCCCCCCCCCCCUUUUUCCCCUUUUGUCUAGACCAGUUCAAAUCUUGAUAUUUCAUUACGCAGAUGUCCAGGGCUUAUAUGUUCACAAACAAUCAAGAUAUUCUGCACAAGUUUAUAUUUCCCAAGUCAUGAAUUUUGACUGGGCAGUAAUUUCAGUAUGAAGCAGUAGUAUGUUAGUUGAGCACUUUGUAAUGACAGUUUUUUCCCACAGACCCGUCUUCUGGUCACCCAUAGCUUGAACUGGUUGCCAGAUGUGGACUUAAUAAUUGUGAUGAAUGAUGGAAAGAUAUCGGAGGCAGGGACAUUUGAAAUUCUAACAAAACAUCAAGGAGCUUUUGCAAAGUUUUUGGAUCUGUAUUUAAUUCAUACAGGAUCUGAAAGCAGUAUUGCAGAUACUUAUUCAAACUAUAUUAGUCCAGGUAUUGUUUUUAAUUUUCAUUGGAGAAUUUGUACUAAAUUUAAAUACUGAUACAUACAAUUUUUCAGUAAAAUUAUAGGUAUAAACUUAAAAAAUAAAAUGAUUGAAAACAUUAAAAAUGGAGACAGUUGCUUAGUCAUGAAAAUAUUUUCCUAUGCUGUUGUCAAUAUGAUCAUCUUAUGUUGUAAGUUCAUCAGUUUAUUAGCUGCUCUUUAGCUUUACGCUCUUCACCGAAAUUUAAAAAAAAUAAAUGUUUGAAGUAAAUUAAUAGUGCUAAAAAUUGUUAUAAUAUUUAUUUACAAAAUAUGAAAAUGAAAAAACUUCAGUAACAUUUUGUUUUUUUAACACUUAAGUUAAUUUUAUUAUAGCUCCCAAUAACACAAAUAAAGCAAUUUUUUAUUACUGUUUUAGUCGUACUAACAGAAAAAAGGUCUCAAGACAUUAGGAAGUCCAUUGAAAGGUUUGCUUUAUAACAAUUUUUCAUUUUGUAACAGAUUUAUAAAAGUAGAAAUUUAAAUGGUGUCUAUAUUAAUUUAAUUUUGUUAAUGUGCAUUUAAUAUAAUGACAUUUUUAUUAAAAUAACCUUUAAAUUAUAAAAUGUUUAAAAAUAUCAAAGAUAUUUAUUUGUUUAUAAACAUCAAUUUUGACCAAGUGGCAGAACCUUAUUUUAAAAUAUAAAAUUUAAUGCAAUAAAUUUAAUAAAUUAAAAUAAUAUAGACCUACAUAUAUUCCAUUGUAUAAAUAAAAUUGACCAAAGGAAAAAUAAUUAACAAUUCUCUUGCAUUAUAUAAAUAUUUUUAUACUUAUUAUUAUCAUCACUGAAAUUAUUUGUUAUGUAUUGAACUAAAUCUGUAUAGCACAGACAUUUACUCUACAUCUCGGGCUAUCAUGGAUGAAUGUAAUCAUGACCUCGAGGAGAAGAGCAGACUUAUCACUAAGGAGAAAAUAACAUUUGGAAAAGUAAGAGUUACCAGUUACCUUCAUUACCUAACAGAUUGCAUUAUUGAACACUUUUCUUAAUAGUUUUUUAAUAGACCUACUAUAUAUUUUAACCAGUCUUGAUAUUGUUUCUACAGAACUAAAGAUUCUCUUUACUAACUGAAAUUAACUUAUUUUAAGAAAAAAGGUGCUUAAAUAUUGUAUUUAGACUUUUAAAUAUGUACUUCAAGGUAGUAAGACUAUCCAUACAAGCAUUUUAUUUCUAUAAAAUUAUAUUUUUAUACUAGCAUUUACUGACAUUUGUAAAUGCAGGUGACAUUUCACAAAUUAAAUAAGCAAAUGAGGAACAAUUUCAUUCACAUGGAGGCCUACAUUUUGAAUUUUUUGUGCAUAAAAAUUAAGGCUAUUUAAACCAUCAUAUAUUCAAAUUGUACAAUUAGAUAAUAGGGCCUAGUCAUCAUUUAUUUUUUUUUUAAAGUAUGGCUGUUAAUGCCAACUUAAAUUUUAUACAAUUGCCUUUGCAGUUUAUAAGGAGUGCUUUAAAAAACACACACAUAUUUUAAAAAAGUACCUAGGCCUAUGGAUAAAAGUUUCAUGCUGGACAUCUUUGAACAUGUUAACUUUUGAAUUUGUUCUUAAACAUUAGAAUUUAUUUCAAGAAUUAAAUAUAUUUCAGAAAGCAGAGAUCAAACUGUAAACUCCAAAUCUGCUUCCCAGAUCUUUUGAAGUAAAGAAAACAUUUUUUUUAAGCCAACAUAAUUAAUUAUAUUUUUUUUUUCAUUUGAAAACCUAGGUCAAAUGGACUGUGUACUUGGAGAUUCUAAAUGGUUACGGCAAAAUGUAUGCAUUUCUCUCAGCUAUUAUGAUUAGUGCAUUUCACAUUGCUUACAAUUUCUCUUUCAUCUGGUUGACAAAAUGGAAUGAUGAUGAUAAACUUGCUAACACGACAGAAUUACCAGCCUCUAGUUCAGAAAGAUUUGACAGAAACCAAUAUUUCAUCAUAGUCUUUGCAAUUUUUGGUGUACUGCAAAGUGAGUUCUGAAAUUUUUGUUGAUGUUAUUUAAAAGCAUGUGUACUAAAAAAAUAGAGCAGCUACUAGGAAAAGAUGUGUUAUGUUGAACUAAUGAUAAAAUAUACAAAGAUAAACGGAAGAUAAGAUAUAACAAAUCAACCUAAAAACUGUAGGAACUGAAGAUAAGAUAUAACCAAUUGAACUUAAGAAAAGAUAUUACAAAUUAAUUGAAAUAUUAAAAUAUAACAACUUAAUUUAACUGAAUAUAAUAUAUAAAAAAUAUUGAAGCAAUGUAGGUUUUUAAACAGGUCCAUAAAGAAAAUAUUAGCCUUUAAAAAAAAAUAAUUAAAAAUAAAUCCAAGCAGAAUGAAAAAAAAUUCAGGUGCUCCUCUAGUAAAAUGUAGAAAAUCCUAACACCAUCAUUGGUUUGCUUUGUUAUACAUUCUAUUAGCAUGUUGCAACUUGACCUCACUGAAGUCUAAAUUCUAUAUUGCUACUCUUACUUAGUAACAAUUUUUGUACACAAUAACUGCAACAAAUACUAUAAACAGAUUGAGCACCAAUAAUUUUAAAGAGCUCAUAAGUGUUCAAACCCUGUUACUGUCUAGGAUAAAAAUGUAGAAUUUUAUAAAAUCAAUUUUCCUCUUGAAAAUUAUAGCCCUGUGCUGCAUGAUGUAUGCUUGUGUACUGCAGUACCGUCAUGUGGUUACAUCACGAGUAAUCCACACACAGCUGCUGAAUGGGAUUCUCAAAGCACCAAUGAGUUUCUUUGACACAACACCCAUGGGUCGAAUACUGAAUCGUCUCAGCCAAGAUCUAGAUAUCCUGGACAAUGACAUUUUCUUAGAGCUUGAAGUCUACAUUGAACAUGCUAUGUUUUCGAUUGGCAUUCUGGUCAUAAUAUGCUAUGCAUUUCCAGCCUUUAUUGCUAUUGCAAUUCCAGCUAUUAUUAUUUUUUUCCUUGUACAGGCAAGUUAAAAAGAUAACAUUACCAGUUGUAUAAAAAUUAGCUGUUUUUUUUAAAAAAACAAGAUUUUCAUUAAUGUUAACUUUAAAAGAUGCCAUUUAAAAAAACAACAACUAUACUCAGGCACUACUUUAUUUACUUGAGACUAGUCAGACUGUUAACAUCUUAGUUUGUCCUGCUACUUAUAUUUGUAACUUUAUUUCUAUAAAUAAAUGAACAUUUUUGGUAACAUAGUUGAGCCUUUAGAAUUAGAAUUUAAAUAAUUUCUUAAUUCAUACUGAUGAGUGCUUCAAAAAAUAAUUUCAUUAUUUGUUCACUAAUUUGUUGAAUAUCAAUUAUCCAAAUUUUAUUUACCCCACACUUAAAUUAAUAAUAGUUUUUUGUUCCAGCAAUAUUAUGUAAAAACAUCUUGUCAACUAAGACGUAUUGCAGCCAAAAAUCGCUCCCCUGUUUUUGCUCACUUCAGUGAAAUGUUGUCAGGGGUUAGUGUUAUAAGAGCUCACCAACAGCAGGCCAGAUUUAUUGUGGAAUCAGAGGCCAAAGUAGAUAAUUUACAGAAACCAAUGGCAAUAUCAUAUGCAGCCAGCAAGUGAGUUUUAUAACAUAAUAAAGCAUACUUAAGGCAAAUGAACAGCUGCAAGUCAGAACAAAAUACAGAACCAUAAAGAGUAUUUAUGGGCAAAAAAUCCACAAGGGAUAAACAAAAAAUGAAGGAAAUAUUUUAACAUGACAGUGGGGACACAAACAUAUUAGGAAAAUGAAUGGCACACAUCUAACAAAUAAUGAUUUAGAACCCCAAAAUAAACUGGGUUAUUUUUUCAACCAUGUUAAAAUGGAUUCAAUUUUAUUUAACUAAACCUAAUAACUGAGAGACAGGGGUUGAAUAUUUUGACUUUUCAUAUUCUUAUUUACAGGUGGAUGCAAAGUCGACUAGAUAUAAUAACAUACUUCUUCAUUAUUGCCGUCACUAUUUUGGCAAUUUUGUACAAAGGAGAUGUACCAACUGGUCUUGUCAGCUUGUCUUUGACAUAUGUGCUAAUGGUAAGAAUUAAAAAUAACACAACAGCCAACGCAAUGAAGCCUUACAUUUUUUCCAUUUAAAGGAAUAAAGGAAAAACAAAUAGAAUAUCAUAAAAUCAAUGUAUAGAAAAUAUCUCAUAGUUUUUUUUAAAUAAGUUAGUAGAGUAAGCCCUUACCUGAAAAUUCUACUUAUUUAGAGUUCAUGAGGAUUUUUAAUAACAGAUUACUUAAAAGUAACUAAGUAAAUAAUAAAAGGUUGGUAGGUAUCAUAUUUUGUGUGAGCCUAGUUUAAUUUUCAUUUUGACAAAAAUGACCUUGUUGCUUUUAUUAGAUGACCAGUGAGUUAACAUUGGUGACUCGAAUGUCAAGUGAACUGGAAGCAAACAUUGUGUCGGUGGAGAGGAUGUUGGAGUAUUCAAGUCUUAAACCUGAGGUGAUUUUAAUCUUAAAAACAUUACUUACAAGAUGUUGAUCUUUGGAUAAAAAUGAAGUUGUAAUGUUUCUAAUCAAAUUUUUCUCUGGUUAGCUCUAGAUAUCAAGUAUAAUGUACUUGUUCAAGUUUUGUAAUGAAUAAUAUUUUAACUAUGGGAGAAAAUAUAUGAGUAUCCUUAAAUUUAUACAAUUGAAAAUUCUCUUAUGUAAAAUGAAACUAGAAAAAGAAUAUUUCAGGAUUUUAAAGAAUCAAGAACCAGUCAUAGAGAAUUAGUGAUCUGUUAGUAUUUUUUGUUAAUUUCCAAAAAAUACUAACGAAAAAAUGACUAGAGGUACUUAUCACUCAAACUGAGUUUUCUUUAUUUAACUCUGCUGGACCAAUUCACAGGCAGAAUGGGUUUUACCAGGGGACAGCCCAGCCCUUGACAUGUGGCCAUCACUGGGUCAUAUAGAGUUUGUCAACUACAGCACAAGGUACAGGGAUGGCCUGGACCUAGUGUUAAAUGAUGUUAGCUUCACAAUACAUCCAGGAGAAAAGGUAAUGUCUUGAAGAUUUUAUUUACUAUUGCAUUCUUCUAGUGUAAGAUAACCAUUAUGUUCAAGUUCUUUAAACUUUUAAGGUAUAAAAGUUUGCUUAUUUAUCACACCAAGCUAAAUAUGAAGCAAAUAAAAUAGUUCAUAAGCAAUUGCGCAAUAGUUUGUAAUUUUUAUAAUUUCCCCUCUAAUUACAUUAUUUCAGCCAUUAUAUGUUAAAUAAUGGACCAUUACAUUCCUUAAAACUCAUGUAAUUCACCAAAUUUAAUAUACAGUAAUACUACCCUGACUGAUUCCCCUCCUCUGACCGAUAAACGAUCUUGCUGGCUGCCGUCCAUGGUUUGCCUUGUAAAAUUUAUGAGGUGGGGUGGGUGAAUAUACAUUGCUGUUCUUUAUUUCAUAAAUGUAUUUUAUUUUAAUGUCAUGAUUAUGUUUCUUUUGAUAAAAAUUUUUAUGUACAGCGCGGUGAGACAAGCCCCAGGCUGGAGUACCUCGCUAUAUAAGACCUCUUAUUAUUAAUUUAUCUGGUAAAUCCAUGUUACAUUGAAUUGAUGUCAUUAUUCUGUUUGCUACUAUUUCAGAUAGGUAUUGUGGGUAGAACAGGGGCAGGUAAAUCUUCUCUGAUGCUUGCAAUGUUCAGAUUGACUGAGGCAGCAAGUGGACUCAUUAGAAUAGAUGGUGUGGAUAUAUCCAAAAUUGGUUUACAUACUUUAAGACGCGGCGUGACUAUACUUCCACAGGUAACUUGAAUUCUCAGAAAAAUUAUCGAAGUCUUUAAACAAAAUAGGGUUUAUCUCUCAAAAUUAGUCUGUUGUUCAUUUUGAAAUAUCAAAAGAAUAUUGAUGAUAGUUUCAGCAUUUUUUGAAAAUAAUAAACAGAUAUUAAAUCAUUCAGUAUUGUUGAGACAGGUUAAGUUAAAUCCAUUUUAAUUGAUUCACAGAAUUAUUAUUUUAUAAACCUUUAACACCUAUUUUUCCCCAUGAAAUAACUGCAACUCUUUUGAUCAUGUAUAGAAAUAAUUCAACAAGCACCACCUGUGUGGUUUUAGCAAUCAUAUACCAUGUUAUAACAUAUUCUCACCCCAUUACAGUAAGUUAUGUCUGAAAAUUGAAAUAAUUACAAAACAAAUGCAGAAUACAAAGUACUAUUCUGUUUUUUGACAGGAUCCAGUAUUAUUUGCUGGCAGCCUGAGAGUGAAUCUUGACCCAUUUAAUAAAUGUUCCGAGGAUGAACUCUGGCAUGCCUUAGAUCUGGCCAACCUGAAACCAUUUGUGCAGACUUUAUCCAAAGGGUUGGAACAUGAGGUUGGAGAAGGGGGAGGUAAGCUGAGGUAAGCAUUUUUUUGGUCAUAACCAGUUAUGUAUUGUUAGAAUGAUGUGAAUGUGAUGCCAAGCCCUUUUCAUUAAUAUUUAGGCAGCAAGAUAUACAAUGUACCAAAACCCUCUAUUUUUGUGUGAUUGAUAUUCUCGUUGUAGUUUAUUUCAAUUACUAUUACAUUAUGAUUCACCUUUCAUAAACAAACGCCUUUCAUAUUUAUAACAUUUACUAGUGGCAGCUUAUAGAAGUACUGAGAAAAUAUGUUGAUUCCAUUAUUAUCAUAUUGUUUUCAAAUGUGAAGAAAUUUGAGUUACGUUAAACAUGUUUUCCCCUAAUUUCAGUAUGGGACAGCGGCAGCUCGUGUGCUUGGCAAGAACUCUACUUCGGAAGACAAAAAUUCUAAUUUUAGAUGAAGCAACAGCAGCAGUUGACAUGGAGACUGAUGACCUAAUACAAAGGACAGUUCGCACUGCCUUCCAAGAUUCAACUGUACUUACUAUAGCUCACAGGCUCAACACAGUAUUGGAUUAUGACAGG